ACUUGUUUGCGUUAUUUACAGUUUUAUUCGCCUAUCUUUGUAAUUCAGUUGAAAUUGGUGGGUUAUCUAUGAUUGGUGGGCCGAUUGCUAAAGUUAUGCUCCUAUGUAGAUUUUUUAUGUUCGGAUUUAAUAUAAACGACAUAAAUCAUUCUGCACUAACAAAAUAAUAAGUACAAAAAUGGAUAAGGCGCAGUGGAUGACAUCACUUCCAAGCCAGUUGAGAAAUAUGGCCAUUAUCAACCUUGCGAUACCCGGUUCUCAUAAUACAAUGUCUUAUGGAAUAAAGUCUGGAGCAAAGCCUUCACCUGACGCCGAAAAGUCCACAAUAUGGCUGAAUUUCUGUUUUCCGUGGUUUGUGCGACGUUGGGCAAAAACACAAUCUUCCUGUAUUUCAGAACAAUUACUAUUGGGAGUUCGAUAUUUCGAUUUGCGUGUAUGCCAAAAAAAUGAGAAAUUCUUUUUCGCACACGGACUCUUUGCUAUGGAGGUGUUUGAUCCUCUGGAAGAUCUCAAACAGUAUUUGCUUUCACAUAAAGGGGAGGUUUGCAUAUUAGACUUCCAACAUUUUUACGAUAUGAAUGUGAAACAUCAUGUAAAACUACACGACCGCUUGCUAGAAUUGUUUGGCUCUCUUUUGUACUCAAAAUCUGAUGGAAUCUUGACCGAUUUUACGCUGAAUAGAUGUAGCACAUUGGGUCGACAAGUAUUUUUGAUUUAUCGUCGUUGCCCUGUGCUACUUCCAAAUGAAUUUUGGCCAAGUAAUUGUUGGCCGACUCCAUGGCCAAAUGUAACUUCCGUAAAAAAACUUGAAACAUAUCUUCAAAAUUCACUACUUUCCCGAAAGCCAACGCAAGGUUUCAUAUCUCAAUGCAUUUUGACGCCUUCCGGAAAGUACAUAGCUUUAAGAUGUUUUUCCUCGUUGCAUAGAACUGCAAAAAAAGUAGACAAAAAAAUACAACCGUGGAUUGAAGAACAAAUGCCUGGACCCUUUCAAGAAAAUGAACCUCCUAAGACCAAUGUCUUUAUUACCGAUUUUGUGAAUUUAAAUGACGGCCAAUUUUGUAACUCGGUUGUAGAAUUGAAUUUUAAAAUUGAAAAUCGUUUACAAAUUGGCGACGCCUGACCAAUAGGUAUACAAUUUGAUUGGCGCAAAACGGUGUUUUAAAACGUGCCUAAAUACAAUAUAAGAAAUUCAUUACAAUAGGGAUCUGAAAUUUAAAUUUCACAAAUAUUUUAAAGAUGCUAUUUUCAAGUUCUCGUAAUUUCAGCUCAGUGUUUAGUUUUCUUUUAAUUUUUGAGUUAGCUUCCUUUCCACUUCUUUCGCUGCGUUGGUAUCCAUACAAUGUUUUCAUUGACACCAAUAUAUUCACUAUUUUUGGCGGCUAUCAAAUUACAAUGCUUUUAGUAUUAACUUUCUUUUUUAGUGCCAAUCCUCCACACCUACCAUUCGAUCAAAUGUUACUAUGCUUUUUCUAAGGCAUAGAGUUCCGCUGUCAUGGAUGAUAAUUUUUUUGUUUGUAUAGAAUGUUUUUGUGGUGUUCACCCUUCCAUUAUUAAAUUGGGUUUUUGGAAAAUUAUCUUUUACUGAACGAUCGGUUUAUAAGAUUUCAAUGUUUUCUUCUUGAGUUGAUGCUUUUUCUGAAAUUGUUGGUUUACGAUGAAUUCGUUAUUUAACUAGUUUUAGCUGUUUUUUUUUUAAUACAUAGAUAACUGUCGACUACAUGUCUUUGUUAAAAGUGUUUGUCUUUUUAUGAUGACCUUAUAUUCUUGAAAGGCUUUUGUAUAGCUGGUUGAAAAUUGCAGUUGCUGUCGAAUUAGUCAUUUUUUGGCAAAUAUAUGAAAGGAUCACGAAUACUUGUAGUAGUUCUUUAGCUGCCAUAAGUUCUAAUCUCUAUUAAAAGGGUAGUUUUACUGAGUUUAUUAUGUGGUUGAGGGUUGUGUUUAUUAUUACCAUGCUUUAUCUCAUGCAUUGAUUAUUAAAACUUUUAUUUUUCUAAGGCGUUUUCGCGAAUGUCUUACUCCAAAGGUGCAACUGCAUAUUUUAUUGGUUUUGUUUAUUAUUUAAUUUAUUUAUGAAUAGCCGCAGAUAUCUAAUAGAAUUUAAUUUUAAACGCGUGUUAUAUAUACGAAUAGAUAUUUGUAAUUAUUAUUUUUUUCCAUUGUUGACCUGCAAUUAUAUAUUGAUUGCAAUUAAAAAAAUUCUCUAGUUUAUGUUCUAGUCGUGUUCUUGCCCUAUUAAACUUACUAUUCGUUAGUUAUUUGAUCAGUUAGUAAUAGUUAUCAGAAAGAAAUCGUGAGCCAAUUGGAAUAGAAAAGUAUGGUUGUAAGAUAAUUGGUAAAUUUUUGUUGUGUAUUUGUUAACUAAAAGUGGGCUAAAUCUGUUUCUUUGUAACAACCCUCCGUUGAUUUCGAUGCUUUCCUUGCCGCGGUAUAAUUUUCUUCUCUUCUGUAUUUGGACUAAAACUUCUGUUGUGUUUGUUUCCUUUAUGUUGACACUGUCGUACGCCUUGUUUGCUCAUAUUUUGAAAUGCAGGAUCGAAAUUUUAUAUCGGUACCUUACGCUUUAGUUUUAAAAACUUAAAAAGCACAUUAGUGCCUCUAAUUAUAUCUUGAUUCACCGAAAACAAAACAUAAGACUUAAAAUAAAACUCAAGAGCAAAUUAAGCAAAACGUAUGCCAAUCGACCUAAUAAUAAUAGGAAGCUUUGUUUUCGCUAUAGGCUGAGUAAAAACGAAUAAAGCCAUAAGUUCGACGCCUGAUAACUUCUUUCGAAAAAAGUUUACAUCGUCAUUCGGCAAUACAAGCAGUUUUGAUAGUUAAUAGUGUUUUAAAUCAACUAUCCACAGGGACGAUGAAUCAACUAUAUUGCACACAGCUAGCUAUUCAAUCUGUUCAGAUACUGUAGAAGUGGUCAAAUUUGGUCAACACUUCGGUUGGGAAACAUAUUACUCGUUACAGAUAUCAGUUUGCCUCUUUUGCUGUCUGCCCACGAACACUGAUGCUCAAAAAAGGUUCUCUCUUAAUCCUAUUUCAAGCUUUGGUGUAACAGGCAUAAUUAAAGUAAUUCGGAAUCUCGUGGAGAUGUUGGUAUUUCCAAAAAGGAUGAGGUUAAGUUCUUGGUCCAAUAUUAUUCCUAGUUCACAUAAACUAAAUUGUUUCACUUCCAUUGAAAGGCAAAGCAACUGCUUUCGCAGAUGAUCUAUCCGCUGCGUAUGGUACUGCGAUUACUUCGAAUUAAUAUGUAAAAUUAACACUAAUACAAAUUUGCCGAGAACUUGGUUUGCUUCAGAAAAAUUGCUUGUUAGCAGUAAAACUAAGUUUAUUUAGUAUUUUAGUAUGUUGUUAUAUACUAUUUCAUUGUUCAGAAUUUGAAAAUUGGCAAUCGUUUGACUUGAUCUAAACAUACUGUAUUUAUACUCUAAAACAAUACUUUCUUUUCACCAUUAUUUACGCCUUUCUAUCGCCUCAACAAGUUUUGUUCUAUGCCUACACUUAACAUGGUUUAUUCGGCUUAAUGCUAGUAUAUAUUUGGUGGUUAAUAAAUUCUCACACUUCGUAACUAUUCAAAAAAACGCACAAUUAAACGAAUCUGUAACACAGAUAACGCAUCUUUUUUAGAAAACUCGACAUUCUUCCUAGCAGGCAUUUAUAUUGUUCUAAAGUUCUAAACAUCUUUUUUUUUAUUAAAUCUGGCUACCUGGAGAGCUUUCCAUUAGAAAUUAACAACUUGCGCACAAAUUUACUUCCAUCUGUAUGCCAUUAAAAAUCUUAGUUCAUUCCAUAAAAAUGUUAAAAUGUAUGUAAUUAAUUUAAACCACUAUGAAUUAGAAGUCUUGCUAGCAUUCAACAAAAUCUUGUGAAAAUAGUACUUUUCUUCUUUAUUUAUUCGAGCCUCUCGUUUUUGGUUUGAUUUUGAUCUGUUUUUUUUUAUUUUAUCCCUAAAUCAAUAUCUUCUAUUAUUAUUACAUAUAUGUUUUAUUAUACCAUUGUUAUUCACCCCAGAACAUGUACAUAUACUAAUAUUCUUUGUAAUGUCAUUUAGUACUAUUUUAAUAUUUAAAAAUAGAAAAAAAUUCCAUAUACUUUUCUUAUGCAACGUAUGUAUUGAACACAAACAUGAAUUUGGUGAUAAAUUACAAG